AGAGAACCAAAUGCCGUGUGAGUGUCAAAGCCACCCGUGAUGUCUGCCUCAGAACCUGAGCUCACAUCCAUGGACAACCAUGUGAUGGAGAAAAAGAAGAGAUGCCUGCUUAAUGAUCCCUUAUCAGUUCCUCUUAAUUCCGUUCCUUCUCCAUCUUCUCCAUUUCCUCACACUAUAGAAACUGUUAUCGCCAACGAGACCGCAAUUGAGAGCAAAGCCAUGGCGAGUAAUGGCUGCGGUUCUGCACUCUCUUCACCUGCCGAAGCAAGCCCCCCCAAAGCUGCUGUAAUCUGCCCUUCUGCAUUGGAGGGGACGCUUGAAACGAGCCCGGCUACCGCACAUACGGAGCCUGCAUCAAACCAAAUGAACUGCACCGGGACGAGUCUUAUCAACUUCUCAGAAUCCCAACAGUGGACGUCUGCUUUACCUUCCACUUCAUUUGGGAGUGCAGAUGUGGAAAAUGACUUUCCUUCCGUGCUGACCUUUAAGGGCAUAAGCGUGUCUCUGGAGAAUAACAGCGUUUGGAAGCAGUUUUACAGCUGUGGAACUGAGAUGAUUCUCACCAAGCAGGGGCGCCGCAUGUUCCCCUAUUGCCGGUACCGCCUCUCUGGUCUGGACCCUGAGCAAAAGUACAACCUUGUUCUGUCCAUAGUUCCUACGGGUCAGUACAGGUACCGCUGGAGCACGACGAAAUGGGAGGUCAUGGGGCCAGUGGAGCACCAGACCCAAGGCCUGAUCCGGGCAUAUCCCCACCAUUACUCACCUUGCAAAGGCUCAGAGUGGAUGAGCUGCUUGGUGUCCUUCUACAAACUCAAACUGACCAACAACCUCCAAGACCGGAACGGUCACAUAAUCCUUCACUCCAUGCAUCGCUACAUUCCUAGGCUGCAUAUUAUUCCUGUUCCGGAUGGCGGCGGGCCCACCUGUGACCAUCCGGUGGUCAUGGGACCCGAGAGCCUGAUCUUUACUUUCCCACAGACCGAGUUCAUGGCCGUGACGACCUAUCAGAACUUCCGCAUCACUCAGUUGAAAAUCAGUCAUAACCCGUUUGCAAAGGGCUUCAGAGAGGAUGGGAACAACCCACGACUGAACAGAGUCCCUACCGAGGGGCGAAGCACCUCUGAGGUGCAGGCGGAGAGUCAGCCUACAGCUGGAGAAGUCACCGAAGCCUGUGAGCAAAAGGUGGAGGUGGCGCAUCUGAGCUCAAAGAGUCUCAGCGAUUUGGCUCCAAAUACACAGGACACCAGACCAGUGUUGAAGCCCAUCAUGUCUAACCCUACUGGUACAGGCGAAUCCUACGUCCCCUGCAUUAGGGGCAAACACGCACUGGGUGAGCUUGUGCUGGUCCAAAAGCGCCCACGCGUUGAGCCCCGGGAAGCAAACGACACCUGCGUGACCCCAGAGGAGCAGCUGGGCUCACAGGCACGCAAGCUGCUCGCAGGCAGAUCCGGGACUCCGUCCUCCUCUGCCUCCACCCCUCGAUUGAUGCCCGAGUACAGAAAACGGAAGAGGAGGAUGAAGAAGCGCUACUGGGGUAAUUCCCGAGGAAAACUGUGGAAAUCGGCAGCGGCUGCCUCCCCCACAGUCGUCCACAGCCCAUCGUUGACUGUCGCUAUGCAACCGGAGCUGGAUGAAGUGGAAGGCCUGCUGUUUGUGUCAUUCACCUCAAAGGAAGCUCUGGAGGUUCACGUCAGAGACAAGCCGGGCAGCUCCCCUCUAUCAGCACGCCCCGUUUGCUUAACCACAUCAAUACAGUCAGAACCAAUGGUUGAGGCAAAUCCAGAGACGGCCGAGGAGAAGAUGGCUCGCUUGGAGUCCGUCUUGCUAAGUGACCUGAGAGUUCUCAAACACAGACAGAUCAUCCACCCGGUGCUGCAGGAGGUGGGCUUGAAGUUGAGCUCCCUGGAUCCCACCAUGCCCAUUGACCUGCAGUAUCUGGGGGUCAUUCUGCCUCCUCCAACCCCCCCAGAACAGAGCAAAACUGCCCAUGCUGAUGAGAGUGUUCCCUUUAUUUCCCGAACAGGGAAGACCAGCGACAUGACCAAAAUUAAGGGUUGGAAAAACAAGUUCAUAAAAAGCAAAGAAAGCUCCACAAAGUGUGAAGGAUUACAAAAGAACCUGUCUGCCUUCUGCAGCAACAUGCUGGAUGAGUAUUUGGAAAGCGAAGCUCAGCAAAUCAGCGAGCGUGCCGCCGCCUUCUGCACAAGCCCAGAGGGCUCCGUGGCCUAUCAGCUGCCCGCUAAGAGCUCCAGCUACGUGAAGACCCUGGACAGCAUCCUAAAGCAUCAAAACACUGCCUCUAAACUCACAGCGGGGACCACCAGGCCUUGUCCCCGUUCCCACAAACCCCCCCUCUCUUCAGGUAUGCUGUCACCAGCCACCAGUCAAGUAGAGACUCAGUCAAGAUGCAAGCCAACAUCACCCCAAAAACUUCAUCCAGAUGCUGCUAAUGAUGGCUCACAAAGGCCAUCGCACAGACUUCCAGGCUUUAACAAGAUGCUGCCGGGUCAGAUCUCCAAAGCAGCCCCUGCUGCAGUUAAUGAGGUUCAGGGACCUGAAUGCGAAAAAGCCUUCUGCUGGCUGGGCUGUGUGUGUCCCAGUCUGCAGCAGCCGCGCCGAGGGCCGCUCCACUGCAGACGGCCCGAGUGCAUGUUUGGCUGCGCCUGCUUUAAACGUCAGACCACCGAGGAGACGAAUGCAGGGGGAGGAGGAAGUGAGGACCAGAGCUGCACUGUUUACUCCACAAAGAACAUGGGGCACACAGGCUGUGGAAAAAAACUGUGGACCUCUAACAGUUGCGAUGACGAUUUAGAACCGCUGUUUAUUCCUAAAGCUUCCAAAAGCAUGGGCAAAGUGAAUCUGUCACUCACUGCCCAAAAGCCCCAGAAACAAGCCAUGCCAUCUCCAGCUAAGGUAGUAACGAUGCAGGAAGAGGAAAAGGAUCCAGUGUAUUUAUAUUUUGAGAGCAAACUGACCUGCGCCCGUGUCAGAGAGUUCAACAGCAAGCCUCCACCGGAAGUCACCUUAGAUACCAACACCUCUGCUCUCAUUUACUCAUCCAACAACACCACACCACGGAAAGCUGCCCCAAACCAACACCACAAGCUCACUACUGGUCAGAAAGCAGCAGAAAAGUCCUCUAAGAAAGUCGAAAUCAAUGAGGCAGAGGCAAGGAAGCAGAUCCAGAUCCAGUCAAUGUGUCCGUGGAGGAAGGACAGACAGAUGGUUCUGAAAGGGUUGUGCGAGCGCAUGAAACAGAACCGGCUUCAUCAGCAUUCUUACAUCGGACCCUACUGCAUAAUCCCAGUCGCCAAGGUCACAAUGCGGAAACCCAGUGGCUCCUUGGUCACCUACAGGAUACAAAUCACCCAGCCUUCAAAAGUCAGCGACGAAGAAGAAGAGUCCGAUGAGGAGAAGCACGCCAGCAAAAGUUCUGACGAGAACUCCGACAGCGCGGAGGAAGAUGAGCAGGUCGAGGACCCAGACAGACUUUUCGGAGUCACGCCUUUCCUGUGUGGCGUCGCCCCCGCUGGCAGACUGAGAGCCAGGAGAAAACACGUCGGCCGACAAGCCUCUGGGCUGAUACAGGUCAACGGGAAGUACUACAAUCAUGCCAGACUGCUGCUGGGAAGCAUGGGAUCUCUGCACCCAGCCAACCGCCUCGCUGCCUACGUAACCGGUCGGCUGCACGGUCAGAGCAGCACUUUGCAUAAGUUGAUGCGGAAACAGGACCCCGCGCUUAAAAGAGACGCUUCUGGAUCCAGUUGUGGAAAGGCUGCAGACACUUUGGUGCCUCCAAAGAAGACUGCAGAUCCGUGGACAGUAACCCAGCCAUCAGCUCAUCCAGUCCAGCCCGGGCUUUGGGGCAGUGGCUCCCUCAGCUCCACAGAGCACUCUCUGGCCGAAGCGCUCGUCCCCGUCCGGAACGGCUCCAGGUCCUCCCCCAUCCGCCUCACCGUCUCGCCCUCGCUGAAGAGCCCCAGCUUCCUGGCACAGAGCGGAACCUGCUCGUUCAGGAUCUGCCCUCCAUCCAGCCAUGCUGAAGGCAGCGAGAAGCCACAGGGCGUUGCCCUGCCCGGGGGCUUCACGCUCAUCCAGCUACCCCAGGCCGGAGCCCACAGCUCUGACGCACACCAUCCAAAACCUCAAAAGGUCACAAAGGCGGCAGAGAAAGGCCGAGCGUCUAAUCUCCGCCAGCUGGCAUCAGAGUGGUUCGGCGGGGACUCCUUUAAUAAAGUGAAGAUCUUACUAAGUAGCAAAACAGACGAGCCUGGGCAGUCCUUUGGGCUGAUUUGCGAGGAGAAGAAUAAGCCAUUAGGUGAGAACGGGGCCAACAACUGGCAGGCGGUGAAGCAGGAGGAAACCAGCCUUGAUGUGACCUCAGAAGAUAUGAGCUCCGACUUCUCCGACGACGGGGAGGGUGGAGAGGACGGCGACAUGGUGGACAUUGAAACGGUGGAAGAGACAGAGCAGGAAAUGGCCAUCUCAAAGCUGAAGGAAGCAGCUUUAAAGACGCAGCAGGAGACACGGGGUCCAGGUUACGAUGUUGGACCUAGCAUGGAGCUCAAAGUGAAGACAGAGAGCACCAAAAUUCGCAGUAACCACACGGAGCUGGAGAGGCGCAGACGAUCUGAACAGCGCAUGCUCUUCGACCAGCUUCGACAGAUGCUGGACUCCGACCCCAAAACCCCCAAGUUCCUGCUCCUCCACCAGUCCGUUAACGAGAUCCAAAACCUCGAAAAGACCUCAGAGAGAAUGCAGGAGGAGAAGAGGCAGCUGAUGGAGAAGCAGGCCGCCAGUGUGAAGCAGCUGUCCCUUCUGGCCGGUACGUCCGGGAAGCCCGAGGACCUGAUCUUGAGCAAGCUGAAGGCAAUCAACGAGCAACAGAAAAUGCUGCAGAGGACGAUGACGUGGACGCCCGUCUUCUCCCAGCUCCUCCAGACCAAAGCUGUUCUCCUGCAGGCCACCGCGCCCUCCCUCCACCCGAACCCCCCAUCCCUGCCGCAGCCCGACCACGGCCACCUGUCUGAAGCCCAAACGUCCACGGCGGCUCAAAAGAAUUUUCAGCAUUUGUUUUCUUUGUUUCAAUCCUCAAAAAGCCAACAUAGCUCGCCAGACAAACAUCCUGCCGCGUCCUGUCCACCUCAGGCUGUGGCCACUGUGACCCCGCAGGCAGAGCUACCGCUCAACGAGCCUGCCGCCUCCUUACAGAUCAGUUGCCCUGCUUCAAAUCAAGAAAAGACAGAACCUGGAUGUCCAGACCGUCUAAGCAUAAAAGACACCCUUGAGAGAGCUGCCCCUCAGGUGACUGUGGCUCAAAAGGGAGCCUUACCUUGUUCAAAUCGCAGUGGCCACAGAGUUCUGAGCCCAAAGCCAAUCGCUUCUCUCCCUCUGGUUCGAUCUAAAACUGGCAGAAUCAUUCUUCCUUCAUCUCUAAAACCAUUUAAUCAAGGCUUCUACACGCUGGUGGUCAUGAAUCCCAGAGAGAAAGAGAACAGUGGGGUUAGCUCCUCAGCUGACACAAAGGCUUCUGACACGGACCCUCCCAAGUGCUCAGAGGAAAAUGACGCCACGGCCCACCAGCCCUCAGAUUCAGAACCGGGGCAGGCUUUGGAGCAGAGCGCUGCGCCUUCAGAUCCAGAUCCAAAGCUCGCAGGUGUGUUCAGCCCCCUACGUCAGCUGGCCCUCCUUAACAAAUCCAUCGUCGUGCCCUCAGCGGAUCUAAGAGUUGAAGAGAAAAACGAGGGGGCGGGAAAAGGGGAGAGUGAGAACAACGCCCAACCCUCUGCACCCGUGUCUUCUGAUUCUGUGCGCUGGGCCGUCAGACCAGAGGCACUCCAAAGCCACAGGUCCCGAAAAUGGCCCUUCGCCAACCCUCCAGCAGGAGCGGCUGAGCCACGCCCGCACGUCAGCGAAACGCCUUCGCCAGCCGAUGGGGCGCGAGGUGACAAAAUUCCCCAGACAGACACCAAGAUGUGCGCCGCCACCGACCCCGCGCCUGUCAAAACCCGCAGAGGCAGGCCUCCCAAAAGGAGGUCUCUGCUGCCACAGAGCCCCCCGGCCAAGCGAGGCGCCACACGUCCCUCCGACAGUUUUAGCCCCGGCAGGUUAACCGCCUGCCCCGACGGGGAAAACGCCACCGCAGACGCCGGCUGGUCGCGACCUUUGACCCGCGGCUCCCUCGGAAAAGACUUUCCAAGCGCAAAGAAGCGGUCUUGGAUAGAUAUAGAAAGGCAGCUUGAGCCUGACCCAGAUUCUGAGUAGUCCCUCGACAAGGGGCCGCUAAGGUUCUUCUGACCUGACUUAGUCCCACACUGACACCUCAGACCACUCUGAGGCUUUUUUAAAAUCCUCUCUGCUUCACUCUAUCUAUCAACAGCAACAGACAGCUUCACCAAAUGUGCCUGUUUCCAAAAACCAAAGUGUCGGUGCGCUGUGGAACACUUCAUGCUGCUGUUGGCUCAGUAACUCAGUGAGGUUUUACACGGCAGAGGACGGCAGACUAUGAACUGGCAUUAAGUGACCUGCUGAAUGUACGAGUGAAGCCUGUGAAAACCACCACAAACUGAAUAUGUCUCAAAAGCUAACUGUGGCAUUUUUAUGAACUUGUUUCUGAUGUGUAAUCAAAUUAUGUCAUACUUGAAGUAAUCCGUUAGUGAUCUAGCUCGCCUUUCAGAAACCAAAUAGAUCCACCAUGUUAAGCCUUGCAGUGUGUGUUUUCAGAAACAUGGACGUAUGUAGAAAUUGUUGUUUUUCUGUCACUAAUUUUGUAAAAAAAACUGUUGUUGCACUUUAAAUAAGGGAUAGAGACCUGUCUCCGCUUCUCUCCACCCUUAUACAGUAACAGUAACGAUCAGCAUUUUGGGAAAAGCAGUGGAGUAAAAGCAAUAUAUCAAACACCCACUGUCACAAACAAUUAAGAAAUUGUGUAAACCGUAUGAGUUUUGAAUGAAUAGCAGCUGUGAAGACUUGGCUUCCUCUCUUAAAUGCAUUUGAUUUUCUUUAUGAUUUUUCAGACACUUAUUAAUAAAAACCAAAAAAAUUAGAUUUAUCUUGGUACUCAUCAACUGCUCUAAAAUAAAGUUUGGUUUUAGGUUCUUUUUUGUUGCGUGACUGAACUGUAUCUGAAAGAAAAUUGUUAUGGUUUGUUGAGAAAUGGA